UGCAUUAGAAACCCAAACCCCACAGAUCAAAAUUCUCUAAUCCACAAUACUAUCAUCAUCAUCAUCAUCAUCAUCAUCUGCAAGAGGAGAAAAAUCCAAACUUCAAAGCAAAAAGGGCUGAAUCGAAGCUGUAGUAGUCUUGACAACAUGAAUCUCAGCUGUUUACAACCUUUGUCUAAACCACCCAAUUAUGUUGUCCCCGUUAGUUCAACAGUUCCAGGUUCGUGUCAUUUCUUGCAAAACUACCAAGCAACAAUUCCAAGCAGAGGUUCCUGGAGUUACAAGGAUGGAAUGUUUGUUAACAGGAAAGGAGGGAUUGCGCGCGGGUGGUUGUUGCCAGUGGAUCCAUGGGCACCAAAUAUUGACUCACAAAGCAUUGCUUCUCAACUCUUUGCAGUUUCUCUGUUCCCAUAUAUUGGCUUCUUGUACUUCAUCACCAAGUCUAAGUCUGCUCCCAAGCUCACCCUUUUUGGCUUCUACUUCUUGCUUGCCUUUGUGGGUGCCACCAUCCCAGCCGGAAUAUACGCAAAGGUGAAAUACGGUACUUCCUUGUCUAAUGUGGAUUGGUUACAUGGAGGGGCUGAAUCACUUCUCACUUUAACCAACUUAUUCAUCGUCUUGGGGCUGAGACAAGCUCUUAGGAAGACCAAGGAUGCAAAAGAAGGCGCAUCAAGCUCCGUUCAGGAUGUGGAAAACCAGAAGAAACCUUACAUAUAGAUUAACUAUGAUUUCAGUCGAUCUCCUUGCCAUUUCAUUGUUAAAGUACCAUGAGCUCUUCUCAAUUCUGUUGGAUGUUGCUUCUUGUCCUGCAGUUUUCUUAUUUCAGGACUUGUGGUAUAUGAUAAUUUCUAGAGUGUUAACUUGUUACCAUUUGCUUAUGUAUUCCAUCGGCUAUGUGUAAAGACAAGCAAUGUAGGAAUCGUUGGAAUGUAGAUUCUUUUUCCCUGUAUAUACUGAUUUUAUUCUUCUGAAAUCCAGGAUUUGUGAACUUUCACGGUA